AUGCGACAUGGCGCCAGUUUGCGGGUGCAACCGCUGCACAACUUUAAGACUAAAGAGCAAGGGGUUGCUGCACCCUCUGUGUUGAGGUCAAAGGGGCACUUCCAUUACAGAAGCAUGACUAGGCUUGGAGAGCCUCUCCUGGGGGAUGGUGGGAUGUUUCUUUCAACCAACUAUGUUGAUGACCUGGCUACCAUCCAGGAGCAGCUUGACGGCGCUCACAGCAAAGCAAUUCCCAGGGAGGAUUCGGAGGCCGAUGGUUCGCGAGCCCUGCUGUAUUCAGCGCAGGCACUCCUCUUUGAUGGACUAGGAGAGGGGAAACUAAUGAGGCAGAGCCUGGAGAGUGCCAGGCGAGCAGCUUUGGACGAGCGGCAAAAGCUUGUCUUUGACAGCUGGGCCAAGUUCCAGUCUAAUGGCCUCCUUGAAAGCAGCGCGGGCCUUCUUAGGAGGCAGAGCAGGAGCGCUUCAAUGAAACUGAGCCCCGAUGAGGGAAACGAAGAGGUGGCUGGGGCUGAAGUGUCUGGCGAUCGGUGCCGGGUGUGCAAUGGCACCAGAAAUUCUGUUCCUGGUUCUGCGGGGGCGGAAGGUGGACUGAGGACAGGGGAAUCAGAAGAAAGUCGUCAGAGGUGGUGCAUACCGGCUGCUGAGGAUGUGGUACUGCUCACUGUGGCUGGACAGUUUGUGGCGUGCUCCCGCUCGAGCCUGGCAGAGCUGUCUGCGCCAUUCAACGCCAUGCUCUUGGGGCAAUAUCAAGAGAGCCGGAAAACGGCCAUACCGUUUGACCUGAACGGACUCAGCCCUGCAGGUUUGCAAGCAGUCGAGAGGUUUAGUAGGACGGGCUCCCUAGAGGAGCGUCCUGGUGCCACGUGUGAGCGCUGGCUGUGUGGAGCAGGGAACAGCGCUUGCGCCCUGCGCCAGCCUGCAGUGUCAGAGUCCUCAGGCAGCCAUCACAUGUCAGACGCAGAGUGGCAACCCUCUGCAGAGUCAAGCGACGAAGAAGAGUCGGAUACAGAGGACGAAGAGAAGAGCAUCAGUCCCCGAACAGCUAGGAGAGUGCCGGUCUCGAACAGUGAACUCUUUGCAGCGACUACGUGCGAAGAGUGGCCUCAAGAGAGGCCUGUAGCAUCAGCGCACGAGCCUCUUUCGGAUCCAGGCAGCCAAACGGAGUCAAGCAAAGAUGCAACUAGACUGGACUCCACCGAGAGCUCGUCCCUAGGUCGAGGCAUGAGGCGCAUGGUUCCGAGCAAAGCUUUGAGAAGCGAGUUCAGUGGGGGUUUUGGCAAAGGGAUGAAGAUCAGGGUAGGGUCGAACGGGGAUCUGAAGGCGCUCGAUGACGAUGCACAGGCGUGUGCGCUCAGCUGCGUGGAAGCAGGGCGAGACCAGGUGUACACGGACUUGGUCGUGGAGGUUCUGCUCUUUGCAAGCCGGUUCUGCUGCGAGGGCCUCAAGGCGCACUGCGAUGAGCGUCUUGCCAAGAUGGUCAACACGAGCGAGGAAGCCGUCUCCAACCUGGCCUUCGCUCUCGAGGAGUCGUGCCCUGUCCUCACCACCCGCUGCCUAAAGCUUCUCCUCGAGAGAAUGCCACGUGUCCUGAUCACCGAUCCGACGGUUGCGGAGCUUCUGCUCAGCAAGGACGGGAGGCGCCAGCUGCAGCAGGCCGGCUUCGCCUCUUUUGCGUUCUACUUCUUCCUGGCACACACCCUCUUCGACAGCAUUUUCGGCCCCCUCGCCUGCUCCCCGCCGUUCCGCAAGAGCAGAGCCGUCGAUCUCGCAUCCGCGUGCCUGAGAGCUGCCCUCACAUUUCCCAGCCCAGCCAUACUCACGGCGUUCGCCCAUUAUCGCAUCGGCUGCCUGGACCUGCUUUCUAAGAAUUUGCCCGAUGCCAAAGCUGCGUUUGAAGCGGCCGUGAUGGCGGGGUAUGCACCAGCCAGAGCGGGGCUGGCCCGAAUCUUGGCUCUGCAGGGCGACAGGCUCGGAGCACGUCAGGAGGUGUCGAGGCUGCUUUCGAGUGCCGACGUGGCAGCUGGAUGGAUCUUCCAGGAGCGGGCCAUUUGCUCGGACGGAGGCAGAAGACGGGAGGACCUUGAGACUGCUACCAUGCUCUGCCCCACGCUGACGUACCCGUACAAGCACCGCGCGACGCGCCUGCUGAAGGAGGGCAAGCCCGACCUCGCGCGCGCGGAAUUGGACCGCGCGCUGCGUUUUAUGGUGACGCCCGACCUGCUCGAGUUCCGGGCCUACUGCGCCAUCGUGCUCCAGGACUUCGAGGCCGUGGCCCGCGACCUGCGCGUGCUGCUGACGCUGGAGCCGCAGUACCUGCUGUACGGCGGCCGCGUGUCGGGCGCGCAGUUUCUGAAGCAGCUGGCCAAGAAGGUGGCCCCGCUCUCCAAGGGUGACUGCUGGCUGCGCCUCUACGAGCGCUGGAGCGCCGUCGACGACAUCGGCAGCCUCGCGGUCGUGCACAGGAUGCUCGAGCUGGAGCCGGGCAGCUCGGCCAUCCUCUUCCGGCAGUCCCUCCUCUUGCACCGCAUCGGCUGCUCCGAUGUCACCAUGCGGACGCUGCGCGCCGCCCGCGAUCACUCACGCUCGGAACACGAGCGGCUCAUCUACGAAGGCUGGAUCCUUUUCGACACCGGCCGCCGCGCAGAGGCAUUUGAAAAGGCGCAGAUGUCGGUGUCUCUGGCCCCCUCCUUCGAGGGCUACUUCCUCCAGGCGUACGCUCUCUCCGACUCCUCCCUCACCGACCACAGCCCGGGGUCCGUCAUCGAGCUGCUGCACAAAGCGCUCAACUGCCCCAGCGACGGACUGCGCAAGGGCCAGGCGCUCAGCAACCUCGGCAGCAUGUAUGUUGACUGCGGCCGCUACCGCGAAGCGGCGGAGUGCUUCACGAACGCACUGCGCAUCCGCCACACGCGCGCACACCAGGGGCUGGCGCGCGUGCAUGCCAUGCAAGGCAACCGGGAACGGGCAUACGAGGAGAUGACCAAGCUGAUCAAGAGCGCGCAGAGCAACUCGUGCGCGUUUGAGAAGCGCUCCGAAUACGGCGCGGCGGGGCAGGGCCUCGCGGACCUGGACACCGUCACGCGGGUCAACCCGCUGCGCUCGUACCCGUACCGAUACCGGGCGGCGGUCAUGAUGGACACGCUGCGGGAGCGGGAGGCGAUCCAGGAGCUGUCGCGGGCCAUCGCGUUCAAGGUGGACGUGAGCCUCCUCCAUCUGAGGGCAGAGUUCCACGAGUGUCAAGCAGAUUUGGACGCCGCGAGGCGGGACGCCAGGGCGGCGCUCGCCAUCGAUCCCAACCACGUGGCAACACAGGAGCUAUGGAAAUCCAAGUUGGAUUUGUCGAACGCAAGGAGGCCUGGCUGAGGAGCCUAAGGCGCGCAGGCCAUGGGGCAGAUACGUAUUUUCGACAAGUCCGUAUACGGACUAUAUUUGGCUGAAUUUGUUUGUGCAAAAGAGGGUUAGUAGAGUAGCGAGUCUGCUUCGAUCAGGAUCAAUUGUACACUAACCGAUUAUUUUGUGAUUGUCUCAAUUCAGUGGACUAGCACUGUAAGAUACAUGUGGUUAGGUGGGUAGGAUGAAUUAUGGAACAGAAUCUUGACCUGGCGUGUAAAAGUAGAGUCUUGCGAGUCCUUGUAGGUAUCGGACACAUUGCCCGAUAGAUACCAAAAAGGGACUAUUGCAGCCCUAUGAUUUGACAAUACAAACAUUGGAUUGGAGCAUUAUAAAGUCGUGGCCCAUGACUACUAGUUAGACAUAUAACCUUUCUCCCCACGCCAGACAGGAUGGCCAGCGUGGCUUGUGCAUGUGAUCGAUAGGUCGAUUAAGUCAUAACCGCAAAAUUGACUCCUCACUGAACUAUCUUAGUGACGUACAGUAGCUGCAUGGGAC